AUUCCUAAUUAAUUCAUAUUCAUUUUAUUUUCAAAGUUUGACGAUUGACGUGAUUUUCCCGCUUCUUAUUAUGAAAAAUUGUAUCAGAUUUUUGAUAUUUUGUUUUGAAUAUCUAAAAGAAAAUGCAUAAUACAAAAAAAGGAUUGCAGGAAUUACUAAAAAAAAUAUUGUACCAGACACAUCCGAAAAAAUAUACGUAGACACAAAUACAAAUACAACGCUUCGUCCAGAUAGCCGUUGUACAGGCACAAAGAUGUGGUUGAAUGAAGUUACGUGCACAAAAACCGCCCCUUUUGUCUUACUUCUAACAUGAUAACCACUAACUAAUACACGGAAAUAAAAGACAAGACAUGAUUUGGAAAGCAAGUCCAAAAUGUGCUCAUUUGGUCUCUUGUGGAGAGUUGUCUCAUUGGCAAUCAUACCACAUCUUCUCAUUUUUAUAUUCACAACGAAUUAUAUUUAGUUUAAACAAAUAAAGCGCUUUUUCAAGUCAAUCACCGGGUGGUAAAUAUUGAUAUCAUAAAGGACUGAUCAGGUGAGUUGCCGGUGCAAAUUACUAUUAAAAUAGUUAUUCUUUCGACGUGUUCAAGAGUUGCAUGUAUUUAUUUCAUACUUGUUUAUUGUCCGUGUUUUCAGAAAAAAUCCCUGACGCAUGGAGGAAAAGUACGUAAAACAUGCGUUGCUAUUUUCCCUAUGUAUCUUAGAACAAAUCGUAUCGGUAGGUUUUUUUAUGGAGCUAUGAUAGAAGAGACCAUAUUUGACCUAAUAGAAACUCUUGAGUCCGCCGCUUCGUACGCAUACGUUUUCUACAUGAAAUAAUUCCGUUGUAAUUAUUUACACAAAAAUGUAAAAAUAUGACAGAAAAAUAUCAAAAUAGGUAGAGUUCGUGUUGCUCAAUCCUUGGUUUUCUAUGUUGUGUUUUGAAAACAAUUUGUAUUUCGUCGUUUUUGGUUUUUGCCAUGGCAUUGUUUUAAUUCAAAUGUUGUUAAUACACACACACGGUGAACAAUUUGAGAGAAAAAACAAGUAUAAAACAAGAAUAACGAAAAUGGGAUAAAUUUUGAAAUAAAAUGAUUCGGAGGACCUUGCAUCAAAAAAUGAUUUGAUAUGUUUUUUCAGUUAAUUUGUUUUUCAAUCGUACAAUUUCAACACCAAAUAGAUGAAAUUCAAUACAAAACAUAUGCCAAAAAUAUUCUUUUAUGUGGUAUUUGUUGUUUUCAAUUAUUAAUAGUCUAUUUACUUUGAAAGAGAGCAGAAGCACAACUAUUAUGAAACUGUCUACAGACAAUAUCAUAACAGAUGAAGAAAACAUAAAAAGUUCGACGAAAGGAGUACAGAUAAAAAGUUCUACGAAAGGAGUACAGAUAAAAAGUUCUACAAAAGGAGUACAGACAAAAAGUUCUACAAAAGGAUUACAGAUAACAACUACCGUUGCCAAUGCAACAGAGAAACCAACAUAUGAUGGAAGAAUAAACAGCAAGCAAACUGUAGAGAACACCGAUCCAGGUGAUGCGGAAACAGUCACAAAUUCGGGACCGUCAGGACAAGAACAGUUUUAUUAUUGGUUAUUAGGAGCUGGACUGGUGCUGGUAUUAUGUAUAUCGGUUAUAUGCAAUGCUUGUCUCAACCGUAGGUGUCGAACCAAGACAUGAAAACAAAAAGCAAAAGAUAAGUCAGCAAGUGAUAAACAGCUCAACAAGCUCCCUGGCGAAGAAGAUAAUAAACCAAAUUCGCAUGAAAAGGCCAUUAUGAUUCAAAUUGAGGAGGAAUCUUCUAUGUAUGAAUCAAUUGAUGAAAACAAAAUGACGCAUUAUGAUUACCCUGAUCAAUAUGAUAUAAAAAAUAUCGAAAGAAGUCCAGGUCUACCAAAACGUCGUGAUAUGUUAUCGUCCUCCAAACCAUCAUAUUUAGACAUUGUCGACGAUAACGAUUCAACUAAAGUAAUUGGUUCUUUAGGAGAUCUGAGCUUAAAUAAAUCAAAAUCUACUGAAUUAAGUACGUCGUGUACAAAUAUGUCCCUAAACAAACCACAAUUAAAUAACAAUGCUGGUAGAUUAUCACCGCAUUUGAAUAAAGGAAAUGCUGUCGGAAUAGUGCAAGUGCAUUCCGAAAAUAAACCGGAAUCUAUAAAUUUGACUGACGGCGACGAAUCAUCAGACGAUUGUGACGUCACGUCCGUCAAAACAGAUGAAUAUUUACAUCCAUAUGUACCGCUCAUUACAGGUGAAAUGGAAUAUUUACACAGUUACACUACUCCAAUAAAACAAGAGUUGUCACCAACAUACAAGGCAACAAGUGCAAUAGAGUCUAAAAUAUUCAUUUCGUUAAAUGGAAAUCACUCAAUUUCUAAAGACAAUGCCACAGAUCCAUAUGUGCCUUUGAAUACGAAUGAAAUUGAAUACUUACAUACUUACACACCGAUCACAUCUGAGUGUACCUACACAAAAACAAAAUCAACAUCAAAUCUCGAAGGUGUUGAAGCGCAUACAAAGUUUGAGUCGUCAGGAAAUGCUUUAGUUACAAAUCACUCAAAUUCUAAAGACGAUGCCACACAUUUAUAUGUACCUCUAAACACAAAUGAAAUUGAUUAUUUGAAGACUUACACACCGAUCACGUUUGAAUCUACUUACUCAAAAACUAAGUCUAGAUGCGCUGAAACAAGUACUUUAGAUAAAGUAUCUUGCUCGAAAAACAAUUUUCUAACGAAUGAAUAUGAUGACUGUUUUAGUUCCAACACUAAUCUUUCAAAAGUGUAAAUAUUUCCUAUAUUUUUACAAACAUGUGCACCAAUUAUGCAAUUAUAUUUGUUAUUGCACUAUGUAAAUAUUGAUAGCUAAAUAAAUUUCUUAUAUUGGU